AUGGAAUCUUCAAAUGUUGUGAUCAAUGAUGAAGUAUGUCCAGAAGCACAUCCAGAAAGCACUACUCAGGUUCAAGAUAAGCCAAUGGAGAUUAAUGACUCUCUCCCUGAUGAUUAUGUUGUGAAACAUAGUGAUGAGGAGCUAAUGGUGUUGAAUGAUGCAAUAUCUAUGCCAUCAAGUCCUGAACCAUCCACUCCAGUUCAUGAGACUCAACAGGUUCAACAUGAGUUUAGUCCUUCAUCAGAACAGAGAGAUGAAAUGAAGGCAAUGUUUGAAAUGAUAGUUGGUGAACUAACAUAUUUCUUGGGAUUACAGAUGAAGCAAACAGAUUCAGGGAUCUACAUCAACCAAGCCAAAUACGCAAAGAAUCUAGUCAAGAGAUUUGGACUGGAUCAUGUUGCCCAUGCUAGAACACCAAUGGCCGCCAAUGCAAAACUAACAAAUGAUCCAUCAGGUGAGUCUGUUGAUGUUACACUAUACAGAAGUAUGAUUAGAUGUUUGCUAUAUUUGACUGCUAGUCGGCCUGAUAUUGCUUUUAGUGUCGGUGUUUGUUCUAGAUUUCAGUCUAAUCCUAAGGUUUCACACUUAAAUGUUGUCAAAAGAAUAAUUAAAUAUGUUGCUGAAACUUGUGACUAUGGAUUAUUUUAUAACAAAGAGUCUAAUCAAUCUCUUGCUGGCUUUUCUGAUUCUGAUUGGGCUGGUAAUGCUGAUGAUAGAAAAAGCACCACUGGUGGAUGUUUUUAUGUUGGUGCUAACCUUGUUGCCUGGAUGAGCAAAAAGCAAAAUUCUGUGUCCUUGUCUACUGCCGAGGCAGAAUAUAUUGCUGCUAGAAAUUAUGAGAUAUCCCAAGAUACCAUGGGGGUUUACUGUGAUAACUCUAGUGCUAUUGACAUAUCUAAGAACCCUGUUUAG